UCGCCAUCGCGAGAACACACCAGUCAGGCAAACAUGGCGGCCUUCAGUAUGGCCCGGAGAAGCGCUGGACUGUUAAACGGGCUGAGGGCGUCUUUCAGGAGUCUCACGCCCGUGAAAUAUGGCGCAGUCGCUGCAGCAAUGCCGCCGACGACCCUGCAACAGGACUGCCGCUGGAGCUCCGUCAGCCCCAUGAGCGUCAAGCAGAGGAUCGACAAGAAAAGGGAGAUGGCGCUGCAAGGAGAUCAGAAGAGAAUAGAUGUGCAACACAAAAGGGGUAAAUUGACAGCCAGGGAGCGACUGCAGCUUCUGCUGGACCCGGAGUCCUUCGUGGAGUCGGACAUGUUCGUGGAGCAUCGCUGCUCUGACUUCGGCAUGGAGCAGGACAAGAACAAGUUUCCAGGCGACAGCGUCGUGACAGGCCGAGGCAGGAUCAAUGGAAGGCUGGUUUAUGUAUUCAGUCAGAACUUCACAGUGUUCGGUGGCAGUCUCUCUGGAGCUCAUGCACAGAAGAUUUGUAAGAUUAUGGACCAGGCUUUGACAGUUGGAGCCCCGGUCAUCGGGUUGAACGACUCUGGAGGAGCUCGGAUCCAGGAGGGGGUGGAGUCUCUGGCUGGAUAUGCAGAUAUAUUCCUGAGGAAUGUGAUGGCUUCAGGAGUCAUACCUCAGAUCUCCCUCAUCAUGGGUCCCUGUGCAGGAGGAGCCGUCUACUCCCCGGCCCUGACGGAUUUUACCUUCAUGGUUAAGGACACAUCAUACCUGUUCAUCACAGGACCUGAUGUUGUGAAGUCUGUCACCAACGAAGACGUGACCCAGGAGGAGCUUGGUGGAGCCAAAACACACACCACUGUGUCUGGCGUGGCUCACCAUGCUUUUGAGGAUGACGUUGAAGCCUUGCUCAACAUGAGAGAGUUCUUCAACUUCCUGCCACUGAGCAAUCAGGAUCCCGCUCCUAUCAGGGAGUGCCACGACAGCAGCGAUCGUCUGGUUCGCUCAUUGGAAACGAUCGUGCCGAUGGAGACAACUAAAGCCUACGACAUGUUGGACAUCAUUAAAGCAAUAGCGGAUGAGGGCGACUUCUUUGAGCUCAUGCCCAGCUACGCCAAAAACAUUGUGGUGGGCUUUGCCCGCAUGAACGGACGCACUGUAGGCAUUGUGGGUAACCAGCCCAAAGUGGCUUCUGGUUGUUUGGACAUCAACUCCUCAGUGAAGGGAGCCCGCUUUGUACGCUUCUGUGACGCUUUCAAUAUUCCCAUCAUCACCUUUGUGGAUGUGCCGGGCUUCCUGCCAGGGACCUCUCAGGAGUACGGAGGCAUCAUCAGACAUGGAGCCAAGCUGCUGUUUGCCUUUGCAGAGGCCACUGUCCCGAAAAUAACCAUCAUCACCAGAAAGGCUUACGGAGGAGCCUAUGACGUGAUGAGCUCCAAACACUUGAGAGGAGAUGUGAACUACGCCUGGCCCACUGCUGAGAUCGCCGUCAUGGGUGCCAAGGGCGCCGUUCAGAUCAUUUUCAGAGGAAAGGAGAACCAGGCGGAGGCAGAAGCUGAAUACGCGGAGAAGUUCGCCAACCCUUUCCCAGCUGCUCUCAGAGGUUUCGUGGAUGACAUAAUCGAACCGGCGACCACUCGCAUGAGGAUCUGCAGAGAUCUGGAGGUGCUGGCCAGCAAGAAGCAAGUUAAUCCCUGGAAGAAACACGCCAACAUUCCUCUGUGAAGCACACCCCAACCGUGUCCUCAUCAACACUGUCUAAAGGAACUCGCUGUGGGAUCUUUUUUCUGAUACUGACCAGGCAUUCAAAUGAACUGCAGCGUGACCUCUAAAUAACGACUUGGGUUGCCUGCCAAGUAAACGAUUGUUUAGUCAUGCACCACUCUAGCAGCUCCAAAUUUCCCUUCCAGCUCACUGAUUGUGUUUUUGAAAUACAAACUUGAACACACACAAUUGAGGUAAUUGCUCUGUCAGUAGUGGCCAUAUUGGUCACUUUGACACUUGGGACAAGAUUGAACAAGAUCGUAUCUGAAAGGUAGUAGAUUAAGUUUUUCGCCGAUGAAACACGGGCAACAAACUGUCAACAUGAUAGAAUUAGUGGAGUUGUAUUUAGUAAAAGGUUUCUGGUGUGUACAGUAGUUAGCACUUUCAGAUGCACUCCCCGUGUUUGAUGUCGUCCAUUUGAGGUCAUGAAAAAAAGUCAUCCUGACACUGUGCCUUUCCCUCUCUGGCUGGCUCUGCUCCGCCAUUUGUAAAAUAAAUAAUGGACUCAAUACCAUGUGUUUGCUUAC